AUGGGACGCUACGUCCCCCCAGACCUAGAAGGCCUCACAACGGGCAACAAGCUACACAACAAACACCCCCUCGGCUCACGCGCCCGCAACCUACAAUCCACCGGCGCCCUAACCGUGCGCUUCGAGAUGCCGUUCGCGAUCUGGUGCACAACAUGCCAACCGCACGAGACCAUCAUCGGGCAAGGAGUCCGCUUCAACGCCGAGAAAAAGAAAAUCGGGAAUUACUACAGCACACCGGUAUACAGUUUCCGAAUGAAGCACGGGGCUUGUGGUGGGUGGAUCGAGAUACAUACGGACCCGAAGAACACGGAGUAUGUGGUUAUUUCCGGUGCGCGGAGGAGGGAUUAUGGGGUUGAUGAGGAGGGGAGGAAGGUGGGGGAGAUCGUUACUGGGGUGGAUAGUAAGGGGAAGAUGGAUGCGUUGGAGAGGUUGGAGGGGAAGGUGGUGGAUAAGAAGCGCGGGGCUGAGGAACGGGAUCGGAUCUUGGAGUUGCAGGAGAGACAGAAGAGGGAUUGGGAGGAUCCGUAUGAGAAGAGUAGGAGGAUUAGGAAGGUGUUUCGGGCGGAGAGGAAGGGGCUGGAGAGGAAGGAGGAGGAGAGGGAGAAGUUGAAGGAUAAGUUGAGUUUGGGGAUUGAGGUUGUUGAUGAGAUUGAGAGUGAUCGGGUCAGGGCCGGGUUGGUGGAUUUUGGGGAGGGCGCGGUGGAUGGACGGAGGGCGAGGAUGAAGCCGUUGUUUGGGGAGGAUGAGGUACGGGCUGGUGGGGGGAAGAAGGAGGGGAAGAGAAUGAAGGCUAAAGAGGUGCUUGAGGAUCGGAAGGCUGCUUUUCGGAGUGAGUUGAGAGGGAAUACGAGGGCUGCAGUGGACCCGUUUUUGAGUGGUGAUUCCGAUGCGUGGAGGCCUGAGGUUAAGAGGAGGAAGGUUGUCUCUGGAAGUAAGUCCGGUGAUGGGAAGGAGAGCGCUGAGAAUGGCUCGGAGAUGGAGAAGAGUGCUUGGGAAGUGGGAGAGACACCCCGUCCGAGCCUUGCGUUGGUGAGCUAUGCGUCGGAUUCGGAGUGA